AUGGAUGUAUGCGAAGCAACCUUCGGUGAAAUCGACAUCGUAUGCCCGGGAGCUGGUAUUUUUGAACCUCCGCAAUCUGCAUUUUGGUAUCCUCCAGGAUCACUGCAGAGUUCUGACAGCGUCAUGGAGAGUCGAUAUAGGAUCGUUGAUGUUAACUUCGUUCAUCCAAUCCGCAUGACACAGCUAGCGAUUUCCCAUUUCUUGAAAUCAGCAGCUCGCGUUGAGCAAAAAAAGAAGAAACACAUUCUCCUCGUCACGAGCAUCGCCGGUCAUAUGCCUGUGUUCGUCGCACCUUUGUAUUCGAGUACUAAACACGGAGUCAGCGCUCUGGUGCAAAGCCUUGCACCCUUGGAUGAUGGAUCGAACAUCAGAGUUGUCGGAGUGGCACCAGGCAUCACCGCGACUCCGAUCUGGUUCGAGUCUGAGGAUGAUAAGAAGGCGUUAGUGAACGAAACAGUCGAUGAAUGGGUAUCACCGGAGGACGUCGCAAUCGUGAUGCUCGCCCUAGUGGAACGGGAUUUUAUCGCCAAAAACCUGGAAGACAUCGACCAGGAUGGAGGCACGAUUCGUAUUCAGGGAGGUACCAUACUGGAGGUCUCCAAAAGUGUGAGGAGCAUAUCGAUUUUCAACGACCCAGGUCCUGUUGGACGACCCGGAAACACACUUGGAAACAUGGCGCAAGCGGAGGAGAGUAUUCUCCAAAUGUUAUCACAUUCUGUGACCGAAAACUAA